AUGACUACAACUGUAGAAUUGACAGAAUCUUCAGUUAAUGAAAAUGGAAAUAUCGUGAGUGUAGAUGAAUUACAAAAUUUUGGUAUAAAUGUCUCAGAUAUUCAAAAAUUGAAAAGUUCUGGUGUAUACACAGUUAAUACGGUUCUUUCCACUACUAGAAGGCAUCUUUGUAAGAUUAAAGGUUUAAGUGAAGUGAAAGUUGAAAAGAUUAAAGAAGCCGCAGGAAAAGUGAUUAAAGUCGGAUUUGUUUCUGCUAUUGUUCAACUGAAUAUUAGAAAAAAUGUUUUUGCUUUAUCCACAGGCUCGAAGCAAUUAGAUUCGAUUCUUGGUGGUGGUAUUAUGACUAUGAGUAUUACUGAAGUGUUUGGUGAAUUCAGAUGUGGGAAGACACAAUUAUCUCAUACUUUAUGUGUAACUACUCAAUUACCUAAAGAGAUGGGUGGUGGAGAAGGGAAAGUAGCAUACAUUGAUACAGAAGGAACUUUUAGACCUGAAAGAAUUAAACAAAUUGCCGAAAGGUAUGAAUUAGAUCCAGAUGCUUGUUUAGAAAAUGUUACAUACGCUAGAGCCCUUAAUAGUGAACAUCAAAUGGAAUUAGUCGAAGCCCUUGGAGAAGAAUUGAGUUCUGGGGAUUAUCGUUUAAUAAUAGUUGAUUCUAUUAUGGCAAAUUUCAGGGUCGACUACUGUGGGCGUGGUGAGCUAAAUGAAAGACAGCAAAAAUUAAACCAACAUUUAUUUAAACUGAAUAGAUUAGCAGAAGAAUUUAAUGUUGCAAUUUUUUUAACUAAUCAGGUUCAAUCAGAUCCUGGUGCUUCUGCAUUAUUCGCUUCUGCAGAUGGCCGUAAACCGGUUGGUGGUCAUGUUUUAGCACAUGCAUCUGCCACAAGAAUAUUGUUGCGUAAAGGUCGUGGUGAGGAAAGGGUAGCUAAAUUACAGGAUUCACCAGAUAUGCCUGAAAAGGAAUGUGUUUAUAUUAUUGGUGAAAAUGGUAUAACAGAUUCCAACGAUUAA